GUAAUAGUGAUGUUACUGAGCUUAAUCUAACUCAUGUUGAGGAUAUAAAUGAAGAAAAGAUAAAUAUCAAGGAAGCUGUUGAUUAUCUGGUAGAUGCAUGGGAAAAUCAAGAUAUUUUAGAUAAUGAAAUGGCAUAUACUAAUCAAUUUAUUGAAGACUUAGGUGCAGAUGCUUUAAAUGAUUUUUGUGACUUAAAAGAAAAAAUACCAACUGAAGGUAUUUUAAAUAAGAAUGAUAUUAUUAAGUUGAUUCAAGAGGAAAUGAAUGGAGAAAAGGAUAAUUUGGAUAAUUCUGAAGAUGAGCUG